AGAGUUACAGAUAAGGUCUUUAAACUACCAUAUUGAUGAUGAUAGCUAUAGGUUUUAGAGGGAUGGUUCAUGAUAAAGUCGGGAUUAGCAGAAAAACUCAAAUCUCUAUCAGGAAAAGUUUUGUUCGACACACGAGAUGAACACGAUAUCGACUCAUUUCACGCUCAAUAUGAGGUUAAAGAAGAGUUAGGGAGGGGGCUAACAAGCAUUGUAUGUAAAUGUGUGGACAGAUUUACUGACGAGAAGUAUGCUGUGAAAAUUAUAGACCUCAAUCAGAGUUGUGACCUGGACGUUGAAGACUCGAUUGUGAGUGAAGUUAGUGCUUUAUCCAGGUUACCCCAGCAUCCUAAUGUCACCGCUCUCAUCAAGGUGUACAGUACAAAUGCAAAUGUGUACAUCGUGCUGGAGCUUGCACCUAAUGGAGAACUGUUCGACUAUGUUAACCAGUUUGCUGUACUCUCGGAGAAAGUUGCUGCAAACCUUUUCAGGCAGCUACUUCUAGGUCUACACCACCUUCACUUCCACGACAUAGUUCACCGUGACAUAAAGAUGGAGAAUGUCCUGAUGAACGAGAAGUUGGGUAUAAAGCUGACUGACUUUGGUUUUGCUAAGAGGUUAGAACCAGGUGAAGCUUUGCACGACCUGUGUGGGACCCUGAGUUAUAUUUCACCGGAGAUGAUCCGCUCAGAGUUGGGGUCUAACUUAGCGGGGUAUGGUAAAGAGGUGGACAUGUGGGCAUGUGGGGUGUUGUUGUACACUCUUCUUAUGGGCCAGCCUCCUUUCCAUCAUCCUAUUAAAUUAUCCCUGAUGAGGCAGAUACAAGAGUGCCGGUACGACCGUAAAAGUGACACCUGGCUCAGACUCUCAGACUCAGUCAGGGGCCUUAUUGGUGGGUUACUACAGGUUGAUGUGAAGAAGAGAAUCACUGCAGAACAGGCUCUUCAACACCCCUGGAUUAAACACGAUGAUUUCAGGGAUGUAAAGAGACACACGACCGGAAAGAGAAAGUUCAGACAGGUGGUGUAUCUGGCUCUCUUUGUAGUGACCAUCAGGUCCAGAGCUAGAGCCACUCUUAUCAGCUCUAAUGAUGGCAACCAGCUGCAACUUAUCAGGGAGCACAACGCUACGCCUUACCAUAUAAAAGAAGUGCGGGCAGUGAUGGACGACAUAGCGUUCACCAUAUACGGUCACUGGGUACAACGCGAGGAUCCGACACGACGUGCCAUGAUGUUCCGGCACAGGAGGAGGAACAGGUCCCACAGCAGGACUUUUUCUUUAAAUGAGUGAGGGAGACAGUAACUGUUACAGUUACUAUUAUAGUAACUAUAGUUACUAGUAUAGUAACUAUAGUUACUAUAAUAGUAACUAUAGUUACUAGUAUAGUAACUAUAGUAACUAGUAUAGUAACUAUAGUAACUAUAGUAACUACUUUAGAGUAACAUAUCUACUGGGAGUGACACUACAGUCCUAACAUACUGGAGAUGGGAGAUCAGGGAGGAACAGUAUCACCUACCUGAUGUCAUCAUCAUGUGAUAUCAAAUAGAUUAUUCUGGUUCAAGGUUGUUAAAUACGUAUUAGGAGGGAAUACGUAUUGGAAUACGAAUACAUAUUAAUCCUCGAAAAUUGACGUAUUACGAAAAGGUGUGUCGUGCGCGCAAAAAUUGUUUGCUUAUCGGAUUAUCCAUGAAAUUUGAUUACAAAUUUAAGUUAUCAUGUAUAACUGCACUCCUUUAAUGCAUGAUCAAUGAUGAGGGUGGCGCGCAGCUGUAAUGUUUAAUUUUGACAAAUCAGCGUAUUAUGGCGUAUUCGUGGACGUAUUUAACAAUCCAUAGAAAUUACCGUAUUACGGCGUAUUACGACGUAUUCUUUAUUAGAACCGAAUACGUCGUAUUAUUUCACGAAAAUUUGACGUAUUUAACAACCUUGUUCUGGUUUAAUCGUGACGACUAAGUUGGAGUGGUGCAUGUAAAAUGUAAAUAGGUUAAAAAAGGAACGAUUGUAACCAGGUGAGUAGCAGUGUACUCUGCUGCUCUGAGAUGUGUUUUUGGCACGUGAUAGCAAUUAACCAAUCAGCUUCCUAGUUCCAAUUAUAUGGGCCAUUUAAAAUCCCAGAAUCGCUGUCACGUGUUAAGCAUUAUGCCUCUACAUAUUAUAUUGACUGUAUUGAUAACAAAUGGUAGGGGAUCAGAAAAGUGAUCUAGUUAAACAAAUUUGUAAGAAAGGUAUUAUUUCUAGAAGACUAUGGGUAAUAGUAUUAUUUACACAAUUAUCAUACUUUCCGACCAUUACAUGACUCACUAAAACCUCGAUUUACCAGGCUCCUGGGGACAGAAACACUUUAUAUUUAGAAACUAUUCGCAUUUACACGCACAAAGAAUAAGAUAAAUAAAUAUCAAAUUAAGUAAAUACGGUCGAUUUGUUAACAGAGGCACGGUAAAUCGAAGUUUGACUGAUCGAGUACCAACCGAUUGAACAAUUAUUAAUAGAUUUAUCUAGAAUUGUAAUCUCAGCAUAAUUUCGUUAGAAUAGAUUACCCUGGCGUAUUUACUAUGGAACUGAUUACAUUUCAUAGAAUAUGGAAAUAAAAUAGCUGAGAAGUAUCUCAAAAUACUCGUUUUUAUUGUAUAUUUGUUAUUUUGUAUUAUUGUAAACAGAUUCGCCUCCACUUGCUUUAGAGGCACCAUUAACUCGCGGCAACGUUUCUGAUUUUUAUUGAAAAAUAAAGUUUGAAAAUGGAGAAAGUGUCCGCGCCCAUUAAUGAUGCCUCUGCGUAGUAGUUGCGAGAUAGACGUGCCAGUGUCUGAAAACGGUGAAAACAUUAGUUUGGAUCAUUGCCAGGAUUUUCCAGCACAAAUGUGUGUGCUGGGGUAGGGAUGUAGGACUUAAAAAUAAAAUGUUUAGCUUAUUAAUUAUAAGUUUAGUUCUCCUGUUCUAUUUCACCGUUUUCUUACACCGGUACCAUUCUGGAACGUAUUAUGUUAUAAAGUAAACUUAGUUGGUUUACAAACUUAUUAUAAAGGGAUUAUCAAAUUAAUUAAUUUAAAUAGAAUCAACUAUCAAGCACUCUUACUUAUUUACCUUCAGAUCGUUACACUGUUAUUGAAAUAUAGAAAUUUAUAAUUAAA